ACGAGCUCGGCAAGCUUGGGACUUUUCGAAGGGAAACCGUAAUAUUUCGCUUAAUCUCCUCGAAAAAGCAACAUAAUCACCUGUACCUGGAUUUUCCCCCUUGGCAGGUCACGUGCUACCAGGUCCUUUAUGGAUUUCGGAUGAUUACAUUAUACCACCAGAUUAUGAUUACAUUUAUUAUUAAAAUCUGAUAUUGUUUUGGAGUAAAAAUAUUUAUUGAUGAAUUCCUCUGGAUAUGAAAGGAGUAAUCGAUUUGUUUUAUGGAGAACUUCAAGGCUGAUUAUUGGUCAGCAAGCCGUCACUAUAGCAACGGGAUGAUGGCGGUAAAUCAACGGUCAAUAAAUCAUUUCGCUUGGUUUGCCAUGCUUAUGAUGAUGUACCAAACAGUAAAUAUUAUUUUGCAAGUAUUUUCAUGAUCUUGUUUCGUUAAACUGAAGACAGUGUUUGAGAGAAAUAGCUGCAGACUGAUAGUGGGAACAAUCGUAACUAAAACUUGAACGAAAUCAGUUUAUCAUUUGGAUAUUUUAUUAUGUCACCAAAGGGACGAGUAUGACGAAUUACUAAACAUUUUAAGACACUUUGCCCGAUGCUAUUAUGCGGAGUUCAUAAUGAAUACAUGAUAUUAAUACAACAUAUUCAUUUCUAAAUGAGAGCAACUCGAUCACGGGGAGCAAACAUACAGGAAUUAUGUCGCCACCUUUCGCUAGCCACCAAACCUUCAAAAUGACUUCACACAGACGACCACACAAAGUGCUAAGAAAUUGUUUUCAGUCUUUUCGCUUUCAGAUUUGGUGACAAGAAACAAAGAGAAUUGUAAACUUAAGCGACCAUGGUACUGCCAAGCAGGAGAUGCCUCCGGUACAACUGCAGACGCCAUCUCGUCGGACUCACUUACCAUGUAGGUUUAACGGUCCUUGUGACAAUUGCAGUUCUGAAGAUCGCUGGGGUCUCGCAGUUCCCGGAUGCAGAUGAAGCAGACGGAGGUGCAUCUAUGAAGAGAGGUGUUGGUGUACCCAACAAGAUUAGCAGACCUGCAGCAAUUGUUGAGAUCGAUAAUGGACGGCCGUUUAUCCGGAGAGAAGAUGGCAUAGAGGAUGGCUGGAUUGAGUUGGUGAAACAAAAGGGAACUGGGUCUGGAGAUAAUGACGGUUUGUUGAAAUCAAAGAGCAACAACCAUUUGAGGGAUUCCAUGGACUCACUAGAGGUUCUCGGAGAAGGAGAGAUGCUCCCUGACUUGUCCAGGAGAGAUGUUGUCAAAAAGAGCUUGAAGUUUGCGAAUCAUCCAGAACUUCCCGACGCCAACGACAUACCGAUCUCAAAGGAACUACAGGAACGGAUAAUGAGCGAGAAAUUUAAGAGGAGUAAGUCGAAAGUAGAAUCCAUAUCAAGAAAAUUGACGCCUUCGGUACAAGAUGAAAAAUCAAAGAAUCAUUCCAUGGAUUCGAGACAAAAACCGAAUGUAGACAUACAAACGCAAAAAGCAACGCAUAUUGAAAUGCAGAAAGAAAUUCCAGUGGAUUUUCCAAACAAACAUACUGUACCGACGGCAUCUUCUGGUGGAUUAUCGAAUGCACAAUUGUUUUCUGAUGGUGACACAAAAGCAAAGCGAGUUAAUGUUCUCAUCGUUGCUGCGAUGCGAACCGGGUCAUCUUUCCUUGGGGAAUUGUUUCUAGAACGCAAUGACUUCUUUUACAUGUUCGAACCUGGAAGGCUUCUCAUGCACAAACUAGAUGAGUUAGGACUGACGCGAGUUGUAAUGGUUACCAAACUAAUUCAAAUGCUUGAGAACUUCUACCAAUGCAAAUUUCAAGAUAUGCAAUUCUUUAUUGAUCGUCUUAACUCAGACACCCUGAGAGGCCGUAAGCAAGCAGUCCCAGCAUUGGUGACCGAUCAGUUCUGCGUUCUACACGAGUUUAAGCGCUUCAAGUUUCGUCGUCCUAAGGAUGAAUGCAAAGCGGUGACAGAGGACAUCCUUGAAACCGCGUGUACUGGGAAAGCACAUACAGCCAUCAAGUCUAUCCGCAUCCUGGAUAUCAAUCUUGUGCUUAAACUUAUAGAAGGGGAGGAAACUGACCUAAAGUUGAUCCAUCUUGUACGUGACCCAAGAAGCAUGAUCUUGUCUCGUCUCAAGCUAGCUAUGCCCCACAUCAGGGUAUUUAACGUCACCGAAUUAUCAGAAACAUAUCGUAACAUCCUGCUCAAAUACUGCUCCAGCUGGCACCAGAACUACGAGAUCGGACACUAUGUGCCUUUCGUACAAAAGAACUACCUGAUGGUACGAUAUGAGGACAUAGCAAGGGACCCUUACGGAUCUGCACGCAAGAUCUACAAGUUUGUUGGUCUCGGGACGUCGAUUCCGAGUUCGGUUCGAAAUUGGAUAAUUAAAAACACCAACGCCAAUGACCAAAGCAAGAAAAAGUCAGUAUCGUUUUCAACCAAGAGGGAUUCCAAAUCUGUUUUGGUGAGUUGGAAGAGCCGACUGACUGUACAAAUGGCAAGAGCUAUUGAAGAAAUCGGGGACUGUUCUCGACUCAUGCAAGCAACAGGUUACAAACUCAUCGGCAACGAUCCUCGUAUGCUGUCCAAUUCGGAUACAUUAGUUGGGCCCUUACCUCUUCCAAAAUUCAAUGCAUCAGCAUUUACUUUUCUUUGAUGUAUUUUUAUUUAUUUAUUUAUUAUUAUUAUUAU